AUGACGACACCCGAAGAACAAACGAGUACUGCCACGACUAUGAUCGAUCUCGAGAAGCUAGGCAGAGAGCGUCCGCAGACCUUCUCCGGGAUAUGGCCCGAGCUAGCCUUUUGUUUCUCGAUUUUCAUGUCCCAAAUACUUGCAGAAUUCUAUAUUACCGGAUCCAAUCUCCUACUUCCAACCCUCGUAAAAGAAAUCGGUAUCCCCGCCGCCUCAACAAUAUGGCCCACCACCGCCCUUUCCCUGGCCGUCACCUCGACGCUCCUGAUCUUCGGUCGCUUGACUGAUAUGUACGGCGGCUAUGUGGUCUACAACGCCGGUGCCAUCUGGCUGACUAUCUCAUCCAUCCUCUGUGGUGUCUCGCAGACUUGGUUGAUGUUGAUAGUUUGCCGAGCUCUGCAAGGCCUAGCUCUAGGAGCUUUACUUCCAUCCGGGAUGAUGAUUCUGGGAAGCACCUACCGACCAGGUCCGCGGAAAAACCAAGUCUUUAGUAUCUACGGGGCCUGCGCUGCUUUGGGAUUCUUUGCUGGAUUCUUUAUCUCCGGGAUCUGUGGUCAGUAUCUGAGUUGGAGAUGGUACUUUUUUAUCGGGGCUAUUCUAUCGGCGAUCAUGGCGACGUCCUCGAUUUUCUACGUCCCGCGCGACUACACAGAGAAGCGGAAGCUUGGUAUAACGAUGGAUUGGGUUGGAUUCGGCCUGUCUAUCUCGGGGGCAACGCUGUUUGUUUUCGCUAUUGCGGACAGCUCAUAUGCCCCGCAGGGCUGGAGGACGCCAUAUAUCCCGGUACUCUUUGCUAUCGGUGCUAUCUUGCUGGGCGUUAUGGCUUACCUCGAAGGCUGGGUUAUCAAAAAUCCUUUACUUCCGGGUGAUAUAUUCCGAGUCAAGUUCAUGACACCCCUGGUGCUGGCACUGCUCUGUUUAUACGGAAGCCUGGGAAUAUUCCUCCUCUAUGGAGUUCUAUAUAUGUCAAAUUUCAUGGGUGCUACUCCCCUUCAAAUUGUGGCCUGGACUGUACCGAUGGCAGUUGGUGGUCUUAUCCUAUCAAUUGCGGGAGGUCUUAUCCUGCAUAGAGUAUCAGGCACGAUUCUCAUGAUUAUUUCAUGCCUCGGAUACGUUGGGUCGGGCCUAUUGUUCGCCGUUAUCCCCCUCGGCGGAAACUAUUGGGCUUACGUCUUCCCGGCGAUGGUUUGCGGUACUAUCGCAAUCGAUAUCAGCUUCAAUCUCGCCAAUAUCUUUAUCACGACUAGCAUGCCAAAGGCAAAGCAGGGUCUGGCUGGCGCUCUGAUUUACUGUACUAUGCAUAUGGGCAUCGCGGUUAUGCUUGGAUUUGCAGAUAUUGUCGAAACGCAAAUGAAGCACCUAGGUGAGCGAGAGAGCUACAAGGCGGUGUUUUGGUUCCAGACUGGAUUGUGUAUCCUUGGGCUACUGAUUGUGCUCGGAUUUGUGAGGAUUCGCCACGCUAAAAGCGAGUUGACUGUGGAUGAAAAAGAGACCAUGGAAGCGGAACAUGCGACUACGAGGCAUGCUGAAGAAGUUUAA